GCGUUACCCUUACCCUCUGGCCUGGAACUGGAAGACUGGAGAAGAUUUUGGGGGGCCUUGAGCACAGCAAGCAUGAUGGGAUCAAAUGCCUCUGAGGUCAUCUUUAUCUCUGUCAAUCACAACAUCACCUUGAUGGGAAAGGUGUGGUUCAUCGUGAUGAUCUUCCUUCGUAUCCUGAUCCUCCUCUUUGCUGGUUAUCCUCUCUACCAGGACGAGCAGGAGCGAUUUGUAUGCAACACACUUCAGCCCGGCUGUGCCAACGUGUGCUACGAUCUAUUUUCUCCCAUCUCUCUCUUCCGCUUCUGGCUGGUGCAGCUUAUCACCUUGUGUGUCCCCUACAUCAUCUUUAUCAUCUAUGUUGUCCAUAAGGUCUCAAAUAACCUCACUGUGGACCUAAACUCCUCGGGUCACAUUGAAGCCUUGCCGUUCAAGAUCCACCAGGAGCAGUUCAGCAAGACAUUUGUAAACAAGAGGCCUCUGGUGGCUGAGCGAGGGUGGGCCCGGUGUUUCACAGGAGCCUACAUCCUCCAUCUGUUGUUCAGGACGUUGCUGGAGGCAGGAUUUGCGGCAGCUCACUACUAUCUGUUUGGUUUCUACGUCCCCAGGAGGUUCCUGUGCCAACAUCCACCAUGCACUACCCAGGUGGACUGCUACAUCUCCAGGCCCACUGAGAAGACCAUGAUGCUCAACUUCAUGCUUGCUGGAGCUGCUCUUUCACUUUUCCUAAAUGUGCUGGAUUUCAUCUGCGCCAUCAAGCGCUCUGUGAGGCAGAAGAGGAAGAUGAAUGUGGAGAAGAUUUAUGAACAAGAGCAGUGUUUCCUUUCAGGUAGAGGAGCGAGCAGAGUAGUAGACCCAAACGCCUCCCUGGUUCAGCAGGAUCUAGAGGCAGAGGCUGGUCACACAGGGAGUUUUCGGAAAAGACGAGGCAGCAAGGGCUCUUGUGGCGUGGGAGUGCUUGCUUUAGGUCAGGAACCAUCCUGCCUAGAGCGCUCCUCCCUUUCCCGCUCUCCAGAACUUCCAGCCUGCAACACCAACGGAAACAACGGCUACUCAGUUUCCCAAGAGGAGGCUCUGGAAAGGAAUGGCAGUGAGGUGGCUCUCUGCCCCCCAGAGCCAAUGGGGACACCCAGAUCCAUUCGUGUUAGCAAACGCAGUCGACUAAAACCGCCACCUCCGCCCAGACGGGACCUUGGGUCAUCCCCCAGGGAGCCAGCAGGACCUUUCGGCGACGUUUCCACAGCAACAGCAAUUUGUACCAGAAGGGUGGGUCAGUAUACGCUGGUUGAGCUGGCUAGUGGUGCAGAGCUACAGACCAAUGAUGAAGGGCAAGAGAAAAGAUCAGAGUGGGUGUGA